GUCGAUAAGCAAAAAGAAUUAAAUAAAGCAGUUGUUGAGUGGAUACUUCUCGAUAAUCAACCAUUAUCAGCACCAAGAAAAAAAGGAUUUCGUCGCAUGAUAACAAAAUUUGACCUGAGAUUUCAUUCACCUUCUGAUAGA